AUGGGGGGAUGUGCUCAUGGGAAUCUGGUGUUAAAGUCCACAUAUCCAGAUAACUGGGUAUCAGAACUGCUAAUUAAAGCAGAGUCCAUAGAUCUCGAGGUGGGUGAAGUUUCUGAAGAAGCAUGCUCAUGUUCAGGGAGUGCAGUCCGUAAUUUCCGUUGUCCCACAGUUGUGGGCAUUGACCAAAAGCACUUCCAACGGCACCUAUAUAAAGGUGAGCCUGUGAUAGUCCCUGACGUGCUCAGCAAGAGGACUGAGUUUAGUUGGGAACCAUUAGUCAUGUGGCGUGGUUGCCGCAAAUCUAGAAGGACCAAUGACGCUCGCAUUCUGGAAUUCAGCGUAACGAAUUGCGUAAAUUGGUGCAAGGAAACUAUAAACAUGCACCAAUUUUUCAACGGGUAUUCUGAAGGCCUCUUGGACAGUGAAGGCCGGCCCAAAAUUUUGAAGUUGGAGGAUUGGCCUCCAACUGAAUCCUUUCAAGAACGGCUGCCUCGGCAUUUCGUGGAGUUCAUUAGAUGCCUGCCUUUCAAGCUAUACACACAUCAAGCUGGCUACCUCAACAUGCCAGCGAAAACACCUAAAAAGUCGUUGAAGCCGGAUUUGGGUCCAAAAAUAUGCUUUGCUUAUGGAGUCAAUGAGGACCUUGGCUUCUGUUCUGCAACCAAGCUUCAGUAUGCUCUUUCAGAUAUGGUCAAUGUCUUGAUGCAUACAGCUGCAACGUCUCUUAAUCCGGAAGAGCUUUCAACAAUAGUGGAGUUGGGAAGGAAGCACAUUGCCCAAGAUCCAGUGGUAUUUUCUGUAAGCAAUUGGAAAGCAUAUCAAGAUGCCACGAGAAAUCAACAAUUUGAAAGGGAAAUUAAAAAUAAAGGAAAGGAAAAAUUUGAUCCUUCAACCUCAGGAAACAACGAUCAAAGCUUCGAUGAACAAAAAUGUGGUGCUAUCUGGGACAUUUUUCGGAGGCAAGAUGUUCCUAAGCUGGAACACUAUCUUCGGAGACAUUACGGAGAGUUCAGGCGUAUCGUCCCUUUGCAGCAACUGGUUCAUCCUAUUCAUGAGAAAGCAUUUUACUUAACAAUGGAGCAUAAAAGAAAGCUGAAAGAUGAAUAUGGAAUUGAACCAUGGACCUUUGUCCAGAGAUUAGGCGAUGCAGUUUUGGUACCGGCUGGCUGCCCUUACCAAGCUAGAAACUUAAAGUCGUGCACGAGUAUGUCCAUCGACUUUGUUUCAGCCGAAAGCAUCGGUCAGUGCAUCCGCCUAUCAACGGAGUAUCGACGUCUCCCAAAGAAUCAUAGCUGUAAGGAAGACAAGCUGCAGGUGAAAGGGUUGGUUCUCAGUGCUGUCUGCCAAGCUGUGCAGUACUUGGACAAGAUUGACGCAAUUACGUUAAGAAGUCCAUUUGCACCCCCCAUUGAGCAUGGGAAUGUACGCCAUAAUCCAGCUCAGCAAGGGGAGAGACCUAGUACUUUACAAAUGAGGAGGGAGUUGGAGAAGAUGAAAUCGGCUCUCGUAAUGAAAGGCCACCUUUUUCAACCUCAUAUGAAAGAGUAUCUCUUAAAAGAGAUUACGCUACUCACUAAUAAAAUAAACUCCAGUGCUGGCUCUUCUUCAUCUUAGUUACACCAUUUUCAAUGGCCUGUUAGCAGUGGAUAUUGGGCUUAGGUGCUCAUGAGAAAUUCACAAAACGUAGUAAGAUGAGCUGCGUGGCGUGGCUGGAUAAGGCACAAUUUAUUGCGAAUCGCUGCAUUGACUGCCGGUCUUAUCACGUUACUAAUGAAGCAAAAUUCAGACGAAGCGGCCCAAUCUGAAGAAGUGAAGAGGGAGUUGAAGAGGAUGAAAUUGAUUCUCGAAACAAAAGGCCACCUUAUUGACCCUCAUAUGAAAGCCUAUCUUUUGCAAGAGAUUUUGCUCCUCCUUAACAAAGUAAACACCGCCGCCGCCGAGUCUUCUACGUCUCAGUGACACCAUAUCUACCGAUGCGUUAACGUUUUUCAUACUGUAAUUUUGAGCAAUAUUUUCUUUUGUUUCGUUUUUUGCGAGUUGUAGUGAGUUUGGCGAAUCAGCAUGACAUGAACUGUUUUCUUUAUAAAAUAUAUCUUUGAUUUCGUAGCAA